GCCAAACCUAAAAGUUUUUAUAUAACCACCCUCUUCAUGCCCCCUAAACCCUCAAAAUCAUUCCAUCCCAUAACCAUGGAGGGAGAGAUGUGUUCGAAGGUAGAGCAAGCUCUUCACAUGGUCGGAGGCACUGGAGAAAUUAGCUACGCAGCCAAUUCGAGAGUCCAAGUUGAUCGAUCAACACAACUCUUUGACCUGCCUGAUAUUUCCCGAUUCUGCGAGCAAGUGCGAGGAAGCUUCAUCGCGCUGCGCUCUGUGUCGUCGCUUCCGCCCUCUACCUCUAACCUCCGACCUAGCUCCGCCCGAUAUUUCCUUGCCGCUAUUUCCCGAUUCUGCGAGCAAAUGCGAGGAAGCUUCAUCGCGCUGCGCUCUGAGUCGUCACUUUCGACCUCCACCUCUGACCUCGAAUGGGUCACAGACAACCCUUUCAUCAUUUCACUGAGAAUUACUUUUCAAGUUGGUGUGCGUCUUCUUGGUGGGUUAAUGGCACUAGGCUAUAGCAUUGCAGCUAUUUUAAAAAGAAACAGCCAUGUAUUCUCUGAUGAUCAAGUAGUUGUAAAGCUUGAUUGGUUAGAACAAUUAAAUCAUUGCUAUAUACAGCAUAAAGUGAUGGAUAAAAUAAUGCGAAAGCUAAUCCAAAAUAGCCAAAGACAAUCAAGGAGAGAAGAAUCAAGUAACAGAGGAGUUGAUGAUGGAAAUGAAUCACAAUACACAACAUCCCAUUCACCAUUGGAGAUACAAAAUGAGGAGGCUAAUGAGCAAGUUGAAAAUGAGGUCAUGUCUUCAUCCCAAAGUCAGCAAAGAAAACGUGGCAAGACUAUUUUGAGAGAUAUUCACGCAUUACAUCCUGAUCAUAUGCUCGUUGUUCAAUUCAAUGAAAGGGGACAACCUUACGGUGAUUUACAACCAACGCUUACAAAUUUUAUUGGAACUAUUGCACGGAAUGGACUUGUGUUGCCCCUACACUUUUUAGAUUGGAGAAAAAUGCCGACAAAUCGCUUGAAUGAUGCAUGGAAACUUGUUACCGCACGUUUCUAUAUCCCCAAUCACCAUAGAAGAGUUAUAAUGCAAAUGAUGGGGGCCGCAUGGAGACGGUGGAGGAUUGAAGUGAAAGCUACAUCUUAUGAUUCAAAUACUCCACUAGAAGAGCUUUCUCAAGAGAAUGGUAGAAAACCAAGUCGUAUUGAAUUACAACAAUUGAGUCGGAGAAGUAGAAAGAAAGGAGGUGCCGCUAUUGACGAUGAGAAUUUACUUAAAGAGGUUGUAGAUCGGCUCCUCCAAGAUAAACUUGAAGGAAAACAACCACUGGAAGUCCAUGAGGAGGCAUUUCGUGAGGUUUUUGGACCUGAACAUUCUGGUCGGGUACGUGGUUUAGGAGCUGGUGCGUUGCCUAGCCAAGUGUUCCCAAAGCAAUGUAAACACAGCUCAAUGUAUUGGCAAGAUUAUCACUCAAAUUCAGAUUUGACAGACAAAUUUAAGGAAAUGAAAGAGAAAAUUAAAGAUAUAGAGUUGCGAGAAGCACAACGACAAACAGAAAUAGAUCAAAUGAAAAAACAAAUGCAAGAAAAUGAUCAGUUCCAAAAUUUUGCACGAGAAAAGGCGAUCCAUCGAACGAAGUCUAUGUUAGCUAUUGCAGUAGAAGAAACGUACAAGGCAUUGCACCCUGAUCAAAUGGUUGUUGUCGACCUUGGUUGCUCUUCUGGCCCGAACACGUUACUCGUGCUCUCUCAUGUUCUUAGUGUGGCAACCAAACUCCCUACCACGAUGGAGUUGCAAUUCUUCUUAAAUGACCUCUUGGGGAAUGACUUUAAUAGUCUCUUCCUAUCCUUGAAGGGAUUCAAGAAGAGGUUGGAGAGGGAGAAUAAAGGAGAUUUACUAGUACCAUAUUACGUAGCUGGAGUGGCAGGAUCAUUCUAUGGGAGGCUUUUUCCUCAUGCGAGUGUUCAUUUGUUUCACUCUUCCUUUUGUCUAAUGUGGCUGUCCCAGGUUCCCGAAGGACUAAAGACCCAACAGGGUGUUCCACUUAACAAAGGAAAUAUCUAUUGGACAGAGACGAAUCUGGUCGAAGUAGAGAAAGCAUAUCAAGAGCAAUUUCAAAAAGAUUUUUCAAUAUUUCUUAGGUCACGUCACACGGAAUUGAAUGUUGGCGGAAGGAUGGUGUUGGUGUUUGUCGGCCGAAGAAAGAGAACCCCAGGGAAUGGUGACUUUGUUCAUCUUUAUGGACUAUUAGGAGAAGCUCUUAACUCGAUGGUCCUAGAGGGGAUUGUUCCGGAAGAAAAGGUUGACACCUUCAAUUUGUCGACUUAUGGGGCUUCUUUUGAAGAGGUGGAGUCAAUGAUCCAUAACGAAGGAUUAUUUGAUUUGGAUCAAGCAGAGAUCUUUGAAUCUAGUUGGGACCCAUUUGAUGACUCUAAAGAUGAUUUCUAUACUAUAUCAAAGCACACCAGAAGUGGAAAAAAUGUGGCUAAUUACAUUUGUGCAGUAGUUGAACCGUUAAUUGUGCAUCAGUUUGGGACUGCCAUACUUGACGAUCUAUUUGAGCGAUACGCACAUCGUGUUUCAAAGCACUUGCUCAAAGAGAAGGCCAAUCACACCAUUCUAGUCUUCGCCUUGAAGAAGAAAGCUUAA